AUGGUGCAGGAGAAGGCAGACUCCAGCCCCUCCAAGCCCGCAGGGGACAGGUGCCCCCGGGAGCGGGAGGAGAGCACGCAGCAGGUCUGCGAUGGAUUCACUGUUAGAGCCAUGAUGAAAAACACCGUGGUGAGAGGGCCCCCACUUGCAGGAGCGUUAAAAGAAAGACCAGCAAAGCCAACAGCAUUUCGCAAGUUUUAUGACAGAGGAGACCUCCCAAUUGCCGUGGAACAUGACACUAAAGGAAACAAAAUCGCCUGGAAG